UGCAUUGGCUAACUGGAACUUCUGACUCCCUUACUUCCUUGGUCAGUCUAAGGCUGGUGGAGCCCAGGAAUCCCAGCCCCAGGAGGGACCUGCCCAUCAACUUUAACCAUUAUGCCACAAAGAAGAGUGUUUCGGAGAGCAUGCUGGACGUGGCCCUCUUCAUGUCCAACGCCACUCGACUGAAGGCCGUUCUGGAACAGGAACCACCCUCCCCCUACUACACAGUCCUGGUCACCUUCCUCAGCAUCUCUCUCCUCUUGCAGGUGGUCAUUGGGAUCCUCCUCAUCAUAACUGCCCGAGUGAAUUUGAAUGAGGUGUCAAAGCAACAGUGGCUGAACCAGCUCAACAACGCAACCAUGGUCAUGGUCUUCAUAACCGUCAUCAUCAACAUUUUCAUCACGGCCUUUGGGGUGCAGAAGAUGGGGCAACCCUGGCCCACACCCAGGCCUCAGUGAAUCCAGCCUGGGGCUUAGGUGAGGACCCUGGAGCUCCUUCUGCUUCCCUUCCCUUUGACUUCUGCCAGCCAUGAGGACCUCUGCCUGGCUCAGUGGGCCUUUCCCACAGCACCUGGGAAGGCUCCCAACAUAGUAGCGUUAAUCCCCAAUACAAACUCAAAUGCUGAAGCUAUCUGGUUCUGUUGGUCAAAGUGAACUCUAUACUGGUAGCUGUGCCUGCCUUG